GCUGCAGUGAUUCUGCUCUGUUCUCCCCUCCCCGCAGCAAGAUUCUGCUUGGGACUGCGCGCGACGUGCAUGACUGAAAAGGAGAAUCACUCACCUGCCUGCACCAACCAGCCAACCAGGCCAACCUCAGCAAGGACGCACGCUGGGUGGGACGGACUGGAGGGAGAACACAGCUGUUGUCGCGGCGCCAUCGCUUCUCCACUGCACCUCGGGUGCAGCACCCAGCACUUGAGCUCUUGCCGAGAGAGAGCACCCCUUGAGUUCUUUUCUCGUGAGCUCCUCCUGUCAACGUCAGCCAUUGGCCUGAAGCGAUCUGAAUCAUCGGUUUCAAGCGGGCUAGGUUUAGGCCGCCAUAGAACCGGUUCAACUGCACAACCGCGUCCUCCGAACGAUCUCACGGUUCGCCGCGACUCUGCUCCGCACGCCAAACCGCCGCCUCGUUCCUGCAUUCGACGACCCUCGCCCGACUCCACUCAACGCUCUUCAGUCCAUACGCACACAUCCAAGAAUUCGCCCAUCCCAUCACCCGCGCACGUCGAGUUUUGCGCGGGUAUUUCUCAGCAUUUCAGCACAACCCGUCUCCGCCGUUCACCUCCCAUCACGCUGCGCUCUUCUCUCCGCCUCCCACGCCUUCCGCCGUUCCGCCUCCGCCUCCGCCUCCGCACCUUCCGCCUUUCCCUCACGCCUUCCCGCACCAGCCAUGGCCGGCGCCGCUCGCCUGCUCCCCCUGCUCCUCCUCCUCGCCUCCCACGCCUUCCUCUCGUCAGCCGCACCCGUCCCCCCUAAGAGGAUCUUCCUUACCGUUCAAGCCAAUGCGCAGCGCCGCCGCGCGCGCGCCGCCGCCGCCGCAAGCUCCGCAAACUCCCUGGGCCUCCUCAGCCAGUUCCGCGGCGCCACCUCCGGCCUUUUCUCCUCCGGCGCCGCAACACCCGCCGCAACCGGCCCAAUUAAGUACUGGGGAGGUCCCGUCGUCGUUGGUAACCCGACGGUUAACGUCUAUCAUAUCUACUACGGCAGCUGGCCGUCGGGAUCCGGGCAGGAUUACAUCAACAACUUCGUUACGUCUUUAAGUAGCGACUCGGGCGCGCAGGGCGCAUCGAGCGACCCGACGGUGAAGGGGUGGUGGGCGAUCUCGGCGAACUACUACGAGUCGAACAACGCGGGGAAGAAGAACGUGAGCUCCAAGGUGCGGCUGGCGGGCACGACGUACGACAGCUACUCGUACGGCAAGGCGCUCUCCGACAGCAAUGUGCUCUCCAUCAUCAAGAAUAAGAUCGGAUCUGGCAAGCCAUUCGCCUACGAUCCGCACGGGAUCUACGUGCUUCUAACGAGCAAGGAUGUGACCCUAUCGUCAGGCUUCUGCACCAAAUACUGUGGAUGGCACACUUAUGGCUACGUUGGAUCCUCCCCUUUCUACUACGCGUUCGUGGGCCACCACGGGAAGUGCCCCACCUCCUGUGGCGCAAAGAGCGUCUCCCCUAAUGGCAACCCCGCUAUAGACGCCACCAUCUCAACCCUCGCACAUGAAAUCUCCGAAGCUGCUACCGACCCGGAUGUCAGGUCCGGCUGGUUCGACUCGAACGGGGAGGAGAACGCGGAUCUGUGCUCGUGGAGUUACGGAACUACACGCACUACCUCAAAUGGAGCCCUUUACAACAUGGUUGGAUUAAACGGAAUGAAAUUCCUGGUGCAGCAGAACUGGGACAGGCAGCUGCAGAAGUGCGUGGGGCAAAAUGCCGUCCCUGGGGGUACCACCCCCUCCCCUCCUCCCCCAUCACCCCCACCACCCCCGGGAACUACCAAGAUGAACUGCCAGUGCACCUGUGCCAGUGGCAGCUCUCCCAUGAACUGCCAGUGCUCGUGCACGCAGGUUGCCUAAUGGGAAGAUGGCUGGCAGAAGUCUCCAGCUUGCAGCUGGGGUGACAAUCCACUCAAUUUGUGCUGUUGGGUGUUUUGUAUAUUUACCUUGUCAUUAGGAGGAUGCUACUUUGUUUGGGUUGCUGAGUGACAUUUUGUUCUGCUUGUA